AGGACGAAUUGCAGCCUAAAUAGUAGAACGUCCUUAUAUAAAAACUAUCUAGCGUGACACUGUGCGGCUUUCUUUCUGCGAUGGCGGGACUGGGGCUGCAACGCUUCGCGGCACUAGGAACAACCGUUGCCAGUCGCACGCACCCGCUCUUCUCGACGACACCUUUUCCAAAGCUCUUACGGUGUUCAGCACGUGCGUCACGGCGCUUUGUGGUCGCAGCUUGUACACCGCCUGUUAAACGCAAGCGCGGCAGGCCUCGGCUGAAUCCGGAGCCCAGCCCAGCAGACCCACCUACCACCAUAGCAGCGGAUUACGACACUGCAAGCUGUGGAGAGCCAGCGGACAACGGCACGGGCCUUGAGCCUGCGCUUGGCAACGACCCAAUUGAACAAAGUGUCAGCACUGCCAGCACGGCGGAGCCCUCUCCAGCUCCGCCUGCCCGCCAGCGGCGGCGUUCCUCUGCUUCCACAUCCAAACAGGGAGCCGCACCGCGGCCCCGCCGGAGAGCCGCCUCCACAAGAGCGCAGGCGGAGAAGGAGGAGGAGGGAGGUGUUGUUGCUGGUAAUAAAGAGGAG